UUCUUCUUUCUUCUUGCAUGGACCUUCAAUUAGGCCUCUCUCUUCCAACCCUCAGUACUUCUUCUGCCUCUGAUUCUGAUCAUCUCUCUCCCCACUCUCUCAGAAAACGUAGUUUCAGUGAUCUCCUUCACCAUGGCAGACUUAGAGACGACAACCACCACCAUGACGUCGGUCUGCUUCCGACACUGCCUCUCCUUCCUUUAACCCCUACCCGUGAAGCUGACAACCUCGACGACGACCUCCAUACCAGCUGCUCCAUUGUCACCAAAAACGAUGGGGAUGAUGGUGGAGAAUCUGCAGCAGUAGGGUGGCCACCCAUAAUGUCACAGAGGAAGAAGCGUCAGUUUGAAGGCGAUGGCAUGGUGGGGAUUCGUCAUAAACGUGGUUCUGUGGAUCCUCUCAGAGAAUCUGAAGCGUUGUACGUGAAGGUAACGAUGGAGGGAGAAGGAAUUGGACGAAAGAUUGAUCUCAGCUUGCAUCAUUCUUUUCACAAGCUGAAGGAAACCCUGAUCGCCAUGUUUGGAAAAUGUCAUCGCCAUUCAGACUGUUAUCUAUUAGUCUAUCAGGACAGUGAUGGUGACUGGUUGCUUGCAGAGGAUCUGCCAUGGAAAUUUUUUCCCUUGCUAUCCGUUAUAUUUCCUAUGCAAAUAAUUUGCACGUAAUCCGAAAUGAGUUAGUCAUGAAUCAGAAACUUCCUCGAGUGUGCUCAACGUCUCAAAUUGCUAAAGAGAACGAGUUAAAUUCAACAAGUCCUGACCUUUCCUUCAGACUCAAUGUCAACUGUAAUUAAAUCCAUAAAUAUGGAAUUAUCUUUAACUUCAAU